AUGUUAGACGACACAGAAACGGCUCUACGCCGAUCCAAGAUACUUGAUCUGGCAAAGUGCCACUCGACGCUUCUUGUCGCCAACAUUUAUGAGAUUCAGAAGUUUAUAUCAAGUCUAGAAGCAAAAUCGAAACCUGUAUCGUCAUCAGGACUACCGACUUUUCUUAAAUCCUUACAGCGCGAGAAUUGCACAUUAUGCAACCUCAUCGACGAAUUUUCAUCAGACCCAAACUAUGACGCUCAGCAGCUCACGGCUCGAGAACGAAAGCUUGAUGCCAGCGUCACAUUUACAACUCAAAGCAUUGCCCAAUGGAACCGACUCAAGAAAAGCCAUGGCUUUGUCGCCAUCAACCAAUCGUUCCAGGGCUCUACAAAAGAUGCGCGAAGGCAGGAAAUCGAGAAACGACAGGUUUCAGGGAAAGACAAGCACGAUAUGCAUCGUCUAUUGAAAGAGCAGGGCCGUGUUGAAGUCGAUGUCGUUCAAGGGGGGCGGGAAUGGAUCACCGUCAAGGCUAUUUCUCGCGACCGUCUUGCUCGUCAGAUGAGCGACUGUGGCUGGGGAUGGGGUGAACAUGAACUUGGGGAGCAAGUCGAUCGAGAUGAGUGGGAAGAUACGCCGUUAGCAAAAUACGUGCAACGGUUAGUGACAGCUGCGAGAAUGAACCGUCACGAAUAUCGGUUCCCUCGAAUACGUCUUGUUCUUGCUAGUCUCAGUCGCGGCAAAGAAGAGCUGGACAUUCUACUCUAUCAAUUGAAACACAUUGAUCCUCUUGUCGAGGUCAUCAUCGAAGAUCAAGAUAGUGACUUUGUCACUGCUCCCGGCCCACCACUCGAUAUAGCCAUUGAGAAUCUCAUUGGCGAUGAACUGGCAUCACUUACAUCCACAAUCAAUCUCGACCACACUAUCCUUAUCGACCUCAUCUCUGACUUGACACAUCUAGACCUUGAGCCCCAACCGUGGCAGUCGCGGACAACGCGCGCACAAAUAGAAGAAGAAAAUGCGCACGCAGGUGGACUCAUGGCUCGUGUGUUAUAUCCAGUUUUGACAGAUCGCCAACUCGUUUGCACACGAGAGGCGGCAGAGCAUUUUCAUGAUGUUCUACGCACCGUUGGAACUGAGUCUGAGCGCCAACGUGGGAGGUUGUUGAUACCCUGGUAUGGUACUGGUACACAAGACAUGACCCCUGACCUCAUUCGCGAGCGGUUUCAGGAACUCACUGUUCAUCCACUACCCUCCAAUGUUCAGAUUCCGGUGUCCGUAGUCGAUGAGCCGUGGGACAUGGACGCUAUAUCCGCUGCUAUAGCCAAGGGCGUACUUCCCCAAGUAGCCCAGGAUGUGGCGUUGAGUAGUGGCUUCAAGAGUUCCAAGCUGUCCAUCUUUAUGUAUGGCUGGGCCGCGGAAUUAACAACCUUAACUAGUAACAAGGAAGUCCGAGGACAAAUACGGACUUGGCUCGAGGCAAAUCGCAAGAACGAUGAAGAACUAGGACCUCAGAUAUGGCGUCUAGUAGUCACGAGGAACCUCCUAGCAAAAGCAGCAAGCCCUAGGGAGGGAUGGCAAGAAGUACAUGGUGACGAUGCUGACGAUGAAUGA